CAGCUUACUUGCCCUGCAUUUGCUUCAUUCCGAAACGGUUCAACGGUUGUUUCCAGAGACGAUCUAAUGUCAGAUUCUCCGUCGCUGUAUUUGCUUUCGGACACAAUAGAUGCCUUGACAACGCCUGGUACGCCAGUUUUCUGUACAGGCGUAAUUUGGUGUAUUGUCACUGUCGGCACUUGGCUUGUCUCGACUCUUACAGGGAAUUAUUCGCAGGUCGACAAAUUGUGGAGCAUUCUACCGGCGGUGUACGCAUGCAUCGUUGUAUGCGACGCUAGGACUACGCUCAUGGCAGCAGUUACCACUUUUUGGAGCCUAAGAUUGACAUAUAAUUUUUAUCGACGCGGUGGAUACGCGUGGCCGCCGUGGCGAGGCGAUGAAGACUAUCGAUGGAGUUAUGUAGCGCAAGGGAAGAUGGUAUCCAUCUUAGCAAACCCUGUCGUAUGGCACUUUUUCAAUCUAGCAUUUAUCAGCAUCUUCCAGAAUGUUCUGCUCUUGUUGAUUGCGGCGCCGUCCAUUGUCGCUCAUGUCCACGCUGUCUCGGUAGAUUUUACUUCAGGAAACGCGCUCACUAGCGUCGACUUCAUUGCUGCGUUUUCGGCAAUGACGUUUAUAUGCAUCGAGGCAAUUGCUGACAAUCAGCAGAACACGUUCCAAACGGAAAAGUACAGACGCAAGAAUGCAGGCGAAGCAUUGGAGGGAGAGUACUUGCAGGGAUUUUUGCAAUCGGGUCUUUUUGCGAUUGUGCGAAAGCCCAACUAUGCUGCCGAGCAGUGCCUAUGGACCUCCUAUUCUCUCUUCGCAUUUAGCUGUACCGGUGUCAUGAUUCAUUGGUCUUAUAUUGGAUGUAUUCUUUUGGCGCUGUUAUUCCAAGGCUCUGGCAGAUUGACGGAAAGGAUUACCCGGGAAAAGUAUUCUGCGUACGCUGGCUAUCAACAACGGGUGCCACUCUACGUCCCUAGCUGGACGAUUUUGAGUAACGGGAAAGGAAAAAUUAGCUAA